CUUUUGCCACUUCCUGUUCCUGCCUUCGAAGGUGCACUGCAGCAGCAGACAUGGGGCCGGGUAGACGGGUCUACAAUUUUCUCUUCGGGCGAACCUCUACCUUCGUCUUCUCUAUCGUGGUGGGAGCCGUCGUGUUCGAGCGUGUGUUCGACCAAGGUGGAGAUGCUCUUUUUGAGUAUCUGAAUCGUGGGAAACUGUGGAAACACAUCAAGCACAACUAUGAGAAAGAAGAUGAGUAAGGUGUGAUGAAGUCGUUCCCCUUAUUUGUGGAAAUCCUCGGAUGAAGGCGCUCCAGAAGACGAAGAUGUGUUUCUGUCACCCCAAAACCAGAAUGAAUGCCUGGGACAGAGACUGGACUGAUUGUCUUGGACCGCUGGACCUUUCCCAGCAACCCAGAACAGCAGCAAAACAAGUUCUGGCCUAUGGUAUACAGUGACUACACAAUAUUAUGUUGAAUUUGAUGGGACUGUUAAUAAAUUUAAUUUAAAAACGUG